ACGAGGCAAGGGAAUGAUGAAGACUUGCAAAAUGAAAGUGACCGAGAAGGACCUGACGGUGGAAGAGGUACUGCAGUGGACGCCAUUGCAGUUUGCCGAGGAAACGAACGCCUGGUAUUGGGUGGAUUUGUUGCUGCAGGCUGGUGUACCACAACAGGAUUUGACAAUUACGAAGACCAAACUCCGCGACGAAGAUAGUGCCGCCCAAAUAAUGAGGGCAGCUUGCGAGUCGGGGUAUGUGUCCCUGCUGAACUUCGCACUGUCUGUGGACCCGUCGCUGGUGGAGGCGAUGCUGGACUCGCACGGCUCGACGGCGUUGCACGUGGCGGCCUCGAACAGGCGCAACGCGGCCGUGAGGAUCCUGCUGGGCGCCGGGGCCGACGUGGAGGCCACCGACCUGCGGGGGCGGACGCCGCUGCACGCCGCGGCCGAGAACGACGCCAUCGCGUCCAUCCACGUGCUGCUCGAGCACGGCGCCAACGUCUGCGCCAAGGACUGCGACGGAAAGACGGCCACGCUCCUGGCCCAGGAGUGCGGCCACGCUGCCGCGUCCAACACCCUCGACCUGAGCGGCUGCAUGCAGUGGUCCAUGCGCAAGCUCAUCAUCGCGGCCGAGGCGGGCAACGUGGAAGCCGUCCGCCAGAUGCUGCCGACCGUGAAGACGGUGGUGAAGCCGGGCGAGUGGCCGCACCUGCACUGGGCGACGCUCAACGGCAGCGCGACGGUGGUGCGCACGCUGCUGGCCGCGGGCCUCGACCCCAACGGCAGCGACCGGCACGGCAACACCGCGCUGCACGUGGCGGCGGCGCGCGGCCGGCCCGCCACCACGGCGGCGCUCGUCGACGCCGGCGCCGACCUGGACGCGGCCGACUCGAGCGGCUCGACGGCGCUGCACUACGCGGUGCGCACCGACAACGUGCCGGUGGCGCGGCUGCUGCUGGCGGCGGGGGCCGCGCCGGACCCGCGCGACGACCAGGGCCAGACGCCGCUGCACCGCGCCGUCGCCAGGGGCUCCGCCGCCGCCGUCGCGGCGCUGCUGCGCGCCGGCGCCAGCCCCGAGGUCGCCGACGCCGCCGGCCGGACGCCCGCCGACCUUGCGCGCCAGCUCGGCUACAAGGACGUCCUCAGGUGCCUGCGGCUCGCGCCGCACUGA